GGGCAUGGCGCUGCUGCUGCUGGUGGUCAUGGGAGUGAGCGGCUCAGGGAAGGUUAGUUUUCAUUGGGGAUCUGAAAUUGACAGUGCACGCCGGUAUCCACUGUGGGCUCACAGCUGGCAGAUAAGCUCGGAUGGAAAUUCUAUGAUGGUGAUGACUAUCAUCCAGAUGAGAACAAAAAGAAAAUGGCAGAAGGAAUACCCCUGAAUGACCAGGACAGGAUCCCAUGGCUUUGCCAUCUGCAUGAUAUAUUAAUGAGGGACCAUGCAUCUGGACAAAAUGCAAUUUUAGCCUGCUCAGCUCUGAAAAAAAUGUAUAGAUGCAUUUUGGAGAACGGAGAGACUGGUUGUCACAGUGUGAGCGGUCAGCUAGAAGAACAGAAGGAGCCGGCCCCACAAAAGAUCCUUUUUGUCCACUUAGCUGGAUCAAUGGACCUAAUUGCUAGUCGUUUAGGAAAAAGGAGGGGACAUUUUAUGCCACCAGCUCUACUACAGUCUCAGUUUGAUACCCUUGAACCUCCAUCAGCACCAGAAAACUUUAUUACUAUCAAUUUGGAAAUGCCUUUAUCUGAAAUAGUAUCUGGAAUUGAAGAAUAUGUUAGAAGCUUAUACUGAUAUUACUUCAGAUUGGUUCCUGAAUUAUAUGAUCAUCUGAAACAAGAUUUGUUGCAUCUUCUGAUUAAGCCAUAUAGUUGUAUAUAUUAUCUUUACCGUACUUGUAUGAGUAGUACAAAGUAAGAUUGUUUAGCUUGUACUUUACACAAGCUCAAUUUAAGCAAGGGUUUUUAAGCACUAAAUAUUGCCUAAAGUUCUAUCAACUCUGAAAACUGCAGCUGAAGAUGGAUGUGUAAGUUAGCAAGCAGUUUACAGAGCAGCCCCAUACUGGAGUUAUAAUUGUUGGAUGGGAACAGGAUUGUUCCAGUUUCCUUCGCACUGGCAGAGCACAACAACAGGCUGUCAGAAAAAAUGCCAGAAUAACACCAUGUAAGAAACUACCUGUAACCCUUACGCUGUAGGAUGCUGCCUGCUCUAGAGGUCAGGGAUUAGGGCAGAACUGGAGAUAUGACAGGGAAGCAGCAGGCCCUUCAACAACAGCGCAGUGUAACACUUGCAAAGGAGUGGCACAAUUCAAAACAUUUGCACUCAGUUUAAGUGACAGCAAACUUAUGUUUACCACCUCCAAUUGUUAAGCUUUUGCCUGACGUAAGAUAAUGAUUGGGUUUGCAUGACAAUCACAGCCUACCGUGGUUUAUUUAAGCCACAGUGGAUUGUGACACCUACCAGCCACCCUUUUGAAUAUUCAAGCUGCGGUGGUUAGUUGCUGUGGCUUAUCAUGUCGAGUGAACCUGGUUAGGAUGGCUUAUGAGGGUUAAACAACCCUUGCAUAAUAUGAAAAGAUUGUCACAUGAACCAGCCCAUCGACUCCAUUCGGGAGAUUGUGAUUUAAUUAACGUAGCAUGAGAUCAGGAGGAGACUGGAAAUACCAGUUAUGCAUUUAAAAAACACUGAUACUUAAGCAGGCUGUGUGAAUGUAGUUAAGAUGCAUUGUACUGACUGAGCCAAGUCACAGUAUAGCAGUUUCAUUAUAUACACAGAUUCAUUCAUCCUGAAUUAGAAAACUUUAAUCCAUAUCACUUGUACUACGGAAGAGAACUUUUGGCAUUUUUUUUCUUUAGUGAACCAAUAGUCUGAGUUAUAAAAUUUAACUGCAGACCCUCUUCUAUAGGUUUUGUAUGGAAAAACUUCUUGAUGCAUCAAGUUAUGGAACAAAUGUUGCAGACAACUGCAUAUAGUAACUUUGUAAGUGCAUGCACAACCAGUUACUAACCCAGUCAUAUAUGUUAUCUCAAUACUUUAUCAAUGGAAACUCUUAACACUUCAUACAGAUAAUUUCACUGCAAUAACAUUAGAAGAGAGGA